AUCUCAUCCUGCCUCCUCUUGUGACAGACAGAACAAGAAAAGUUGUGUCUUUUUACAGAAUUGAUUUUUUCCUUUCCGCAUUUAAACGAAAUUACUGAAAUAAAAUGCCUAGAGGCGGUAGCGGCUUCGGUUUGUCCUCCCUAAGAUGGCAAAUAGCCCUAGGCUUAGGGGCUGUCGGCGCUAUCGGCCUCACGUACUGGUACAUGAAAUCCAGCAAAAAGCAAACUCUGGUACCAGUCGAAGAAAAUGCUAAACUUACAGAAGAAACUCCCUUCCAAAAGGCACAAAGGUAUAAAACGGAAGGCAAUGCGUCGUUUCGGAGAGGCAAGUACGAUCAGGCUAUAGCUUCGUAUAAUCAGGCUAUAGAAAUUAUACCGGAGGAGUACAAGUUUGAUUUGGCUACGUUUUAUCAGAACAGGGCUGCGGCUUAUGAGCAGUUGCAAAAAUGGACUACAGUUAUUACUGAUUGUGAUAGAGCUAUUCAGUUGAAUAAUAAGUAUGAGAAAGCAUUGUCCAGGAGAGCCAAAGCCCACGAAAUGGUCAAAGACUAUGAAAGUGCCCUAGACGACAUCACAGCAGUUUGCCUAUUGCAAAAUUUCGGCAGCCAAAACUCCCUUUUGAUGGCCGACAGAGUCCUCAAAGAACUCGGAAAGAAAAACGCCUCAGAGGCAAUGAAAACAAGAGUUCCUUUAAUCCCAUCCAAAAAUUUCGUCAGAACAUAUUUCGCCUCAUUUUCACAAGAUCCUGUCCAUACAAAACUUUUAGAAACCACUGAUCCUUUAGGCCAAGGCGAACUAAAAGGAUUUUUAAAAGCAAAACUCGCUUUUGCUACAGAAAAAUACGAAGAAGUCAUUCCAGCCUGCACUGAAGAACUUAAUCUUAGCGAAUCAGAGUCAAACUUUAAAAUCGAAGCAUUGUCUUUGAGGGGCUCAUUUUAUUUUUUGACUGGCCAAUUUAAAGAGGCUCUAGAAGAUUUGACUUCUAUUAUUGACUCAGAACAAGCAGAUGUAAAUAUUAAAGUGAAUGCGUUAAUUAAGAGGGCUUCAAUUUAUAUGCAAACUGAAAAAUUGAGCGAAUGUUUGAAUGAUUUUAAUAAAGCUAUCGCAUUGGGACCAGAUAUAUCAGAUGUGUACCAUCAUAGAGGCCAAGUGAUGCUUUUGACAGAAGAACAAAACGAGGCAGCAAGGAAAGAUUUCGAAAUGGCAGUCAAAUUGAAUCCAAAUUUCCCUAUAGCAGUUAUCCAAAAAUGUUUCACGGAUUAUAGAUUUGCAUCUCAAGUUCAUGAUGUUAGCACGCUGAUGAAGAGUAUUGAAGAUUUUAGGAGCGCCAUUACGAAAUUCCCUUCCUGUUCAGAGACUUAUAUUAUGUUUGCUCAAGUCCAAACUGAAAGACAAGAAUUCCAACACGCUGAAGAAUUAUACCAAAAAGCUAUGAAAGUAGAUCCUACCAACGCCUCAGUUUACGUACACAGAGGCCUACUAUUGUUACAAUGGAAAGGCGAAAUUGAAAACGCAGUUCAACUAAUGCGACAAGCCAUUAGUAUAGACGAAAAGUGCGAAUUUGCUUUUGAGACUUUGGGAACUGUAGAAGUACAACGAGGCAAUUUGGUGAUAGCCAUUGACUUAUUCAACAAAGCUAUCGCUCUAGCCCGAUCAGAAAUGGAAAUGGUCCACUUGUUUUCGCUUAGAGACGCAGCAAGUUCGCAACUUAAAAUUGCCGCUAAAUUGAAUAUUGGGCCGCAGUUGAUGAAAGGAUUAUCUUAAAAUAACAAUAGCUAUUUUCUGCUGUAAAUUAUUUGUUAAUUUUGUUAUGUAGAUUUCCAAAAGAUCGAAAUAGAUGUUGUUAGUAGAAAAUUAAUUGUUUUGGGGACCAAUAUGUCGCAUUUCCUUAUCUUUUAUUGUCUGUUGAUUUGUUCUAUUAAAAAUACAAAUAUUUGUUAGCA